GAGGUGAGCAUUAAGUUUGUGUUAGCGAGCGCGCGCUCAGUUACUCCGGGUGUCGGUAAUAACCGAAUGACCUUUUCCUUCUCGUGUACUGUCUCACUGGUGAGGGAUUGGGUUUGAAGAUAAUAAAGCUAGGCUUCACUAUUCCUCGUUCCUCACUCACUGAUGGGCAAGUUGUUGUAAGCUUUCUCAGAAUACUCAAUACAUGACGGCUCGCGCGAGAACACCUGUAGAUUUUGGUGUGAACUACUACUCGUAGAUGAUCCAUGUGGACCUCGUUAUUUUCAACCUGAAGAUCACUAUUAUCCCCGGUGCAAUGUCAGAUUGGUGAACUUUUGCUCCGAGGAAUAUUGAGUUGGAGUGGGUGCACUAAGUUAACCUUCUGCAUAACUUGGUCAAGAAGGUAUACAAAUGCUCUCCGUCCAGCCGGACACCAAGCCAAAGGGCUGUGCCGGCUGCAACCGGAAAAUCAAGGACCGUUAUCUGCUGAAGGCCCUGGACAAGUACUGGCACGAAGACUGCCUCAAGUGCGCCUGCUGCGACUGUCGACUCGGUGAGGUGGGCUCCACGCUGUACACAAAAGCCAACCUCAUCCUCUGUCGGAGGGACUACCUAAGGUUGUUCGGCGUGACUGGGAACUGUGCGGCUUGCAGCAAACUCAUCCCAGCAUUUGAGAUGGUCAUGAGAGCCAAGGAGAACGUCUAUCACCUGGACUGCUUCGCCUGCCAGCUGUGUAACCAGAGGUUCUGCGUCGGAGACAAGUUCUUCCUGAAGAACAACAUGAUCCUGUGCCAGACAGACUACGAGGAAGGACUGAUGAAGGAGGGCUAUGCGCCACAGGUUCGCUGACCACCCCAAGACCCCGCUGCUCUAAGAAGGGGAAAGAGCUGUGAGAGGUCUUGAAGGAGGACAUGCAAUCAGACACAAAAAGCACUAGUGUCCUCUCCAGCCCAUGUACUUUGCAUUGUAUAUACGAAGAGCCCAAAUAAGGGACGUGUUUUGUACAGAUUAGCCAUAGAGACAUUUUUGGUAAGUGGAAGAAUCUUUCGAAGAUGGACCAGGUCUGUGGUUUGGUUUUAAUGACGCUGCCUAACGGCCUUAUGAAGACAAGACAUUUCAAAGGCCCAACUUUUGUGAACUUAAACACACACAAAGUCCACAUUGCAAUUCUAAGUCACUUGCUUUACAGGGUGAAGACCACAAUUUAAAAAAAAGAAUAAAAAAAAUCAAGUAUUUAUUGGCGAAUGAGUUUGCGAGAAGAAAAUGAGCCAUGUCAACAUAAGAUCUCAGGUUGAAUGGGUUUCCUCAUUGUCCUUUCUCUUUCAUUACAUUGUGUUUUAAUUACGUUUCCAGUGACAAGUUAUUUGGAAUAAACACCAACAGCCAAUCAGAAGAUAUUUGAUGUUUAAUGUACAGUUGCGAGAACCAAUGAGAUUUCAUAGUGGACGGAGCUACCCAGAACAAUGCCACAGAUAUAGACGCAAUGUCCUGGCUGUUUAGGAUACCUUUCGCAAAAUCGCACCUGGUUAAGGUGUUCGCUUUCUAACAGAUCUUUGGGCUUCAACAUGUGGUGUGAUUUCAUAAGCGACGUUUUGAAAAACUUCUUUCAGCCUGUUUUAUACCUUAAAGACCCCACUGGUCAAAUGCAAACUCUUUGAACAUUUGGGUUUGGCACAUGUGUAAUGGGUUGGGAAAUGAUGGGUUUGUUGCUUUCUUCACUAUAUUUAUUUAAUAGGCUUUUCGUCACUGCACAUAACUCAAGGCUCUAUUCCUGACAUGUUUAUACCUGAACUGAAUCACCACUCAGUCGCCAAGCAUCUCCUCCAGACGUGAUGGAUGUCACCUCAUAUUUUUUUUGUGCAGGCUGUGUUGAUCAGCUGCCAUGGUCCUCUUUAAACACAAUCAGGUUGCAUAAACUUGGCAUUACUGGAGCACGUGAAUACCUGGUUGGAGGAUUUGCCUUUACCGGGUUUUGUUUACUGUCAACUCAAGGCAACACACAAACGCAAAUCACUACUGUAGCCUACUACAUUGAUAAUCUUUUCCUGGGCUAUGACUUCCUUUGGAAACCGAGGACAUAGCCUAGAAAAUAUGAGGACAAACCUAAUUUGUAUAAUGGUGGUUGUACAUAUUUUAAAAAACUCUUUUUUUUGCUUGCUGUUGUAUAUGGAUUUUCUUUUUAUGUGUUAUUCAGCAUGAGAUGUUUAUUUUUAGGACGUGUACAUACUGUACUGUAAUCAUUUUAAGCACAAAUGUAAUACAGUUUUAUUGUGUUA